GGUAAUUCUAGCUCAUUAGUAGGGCUGGAUAUCAGCCUGAGUGAUGUCAGUUCUGAUUUUCAUAUUUUGCAUGUUGCUUGGGCUCUUAUAAUGUUACCGUAUAAGCACUUUGAAUACCUAUGCACAGCCACACAAUAUCCGCAGCUCCAUUUCAAGUGCGAGGCAGGUAACAGAAUAUCCGGUCCACCAAUAGCAUCGUAGUAGAAUCCCAGUGGCAAUCGUGACUAAAAGCUCUAUAAGACGGCCAUGGCAAUCCCCGCAUCUCACCUCCACCACUCUGGCAUUCAAUACUUGGUCUAUCACGCGAACUUUCCAUCUUUAUUGAUAGCAUUUCCGUCACUUCAAGUCUUCGACCGGAGCCACCUGGUGCAACCUUAAAGGGGAUUCGAUAUAAUUUUUGAUGUCAUUCGCCCCGCCGCCUGGCCCCCCUCCCCCUUCUGUGCCGGAGGGGUGGACAACACAGUUCGAUGACACAUAUAAGCAAUGGUUCUUCAUCAACCUGGCCACAGGCAGAUCCCAAUGGGAGCCACCCCAACCCACCCCAGCACCUACACCACAAGUCCCAGCACAGGGCUCAAUACCUGCGUCAGAACAACCACACGCGGAUCAAACUGGCGCACCACCGCCCUCAUAUGAGGAAUCUGGACCCGGCAAUCCAUCCGCGGUCGCCGAUGCUGAAGACUCUGGCAAGAAAAAGGCCAACCGUUUCUCGUCAAACAAUCCAUACAACGGCGAACCGGCUUCCGGUCCGGAAGCAUCCGGACCAAGCGUCAAAGACACCGUCGAGAGCGACGCAGCCCUAGCAGCGCGAUUGCAAGCUGAAGAAGACGCAAGGUCCAGUUCCACAGGGCCUGGCACGGCAGCAGGCUACUACGAUAAUGACACGCCUCAUUCUCCAACACCCUCCAACCCAGCAGGGGACAGAGAUAAAGGCAAGGACAAAAAGAAGGGCUUCUUCAGUAAGCUUAUGGGAAAGGCUUCAUCCAGCCAGGGUCAUCCCGGUCGUCCGCCGGCAGCGUAUGGAAGAUACCGCCCUUCCCAACCCGGAUAUGGCGCUCCCAGUCCUGGCCCUGGGUACGGAGUACCCGGUGGAUUUUACCCACCACAACAGGGGUAUGGACCUGGCCCUAGCUAUGGAGCUGGAUAUGGACCACAACCUGUUUACGGGUACCCGCAGCAACCCUAUUAUGGCGGGGGGAUGCAGCCGCAGAGACGACCAGGUGGAGGAGGGAUGGGGAUGGCUGGUGCGGCAGCGCUGGGUGUAGGAGGUGGGUUGCUUGGAGGUGCGCUGCUAGCAGAUGCGAUUGAUGACCAUGACCAUGAUGAUUAUGGAGGCGAUUAUGGUGGUGGGGAUGACUUUGGGGGUGAUUUUUAGUUAUACCUGUAACUCUAGCCAUAACCGCCAGGGUUAUGCACGUAUUAUGAUGGUUCUGUAAUGGUAUUAUGGAG